AUGGAUACGUACUUGGACGUUGUUUGGAACGACGCAGGAAAACCUGGGAUCUUUGAGAGAAUCAAUGGGACAAAGUUCUCAGUAAUUGAAGCAAGUGAUACUGUGGUGGAGGUUUCCUUUUUAAAAACAUGGAAUGCUGCCAUGCAAGGCUCGAGUGUCCCCAUAAACAUAGACUUAAGGUAUAUAUUGCGAAGUGGUGAUUCUGGGUUUUAUUCAUACGCAAUAUUUACUCGUCCACAGGGAUUACCUGCAGUCACGGUUUAUCAAAUUAGAAUAGUUUACAAACUCGACGAAGACAGGUUCCACUAUAUGGCCAUAUCUGAUACAAGGCAAAGAAGGAUGCCAACUGCAGAAGACAGAAGAACGGGCAAGGUGCUGGCGUAUCCUGAAGCUGUUCUCUUAACCAAUGCAACUGACCCACAAAUUCGAGGAGAGGUUGAUGAUAAAUAUCAAUACUCGACAGAGAACAAAGAUAACUCUGUUCAUGGGUGGAUUGCAGAGGAUGAUUCAGCACCAGUGGGUUUCUGGGUGAUAACUCCCAGUAAUGAGUUCCGCAAUGCUGGGCCCGUUAAACAAGAACUCACUUCUCAUGUUGGCUCAACUUCUCUUUCCAUGUUUACCAGCACUCAUUAUGCUGGCAAGGAGGCAGUCAUUGCCUUUGAUGAAGGGGAGACUUAUAAAAAGGUUUUUGGGCCAAUUUUUCUUUACCUUAACUCUGCUCCAACGAAAACUCAGUUUAAGUCUCUGUGGUCAGAUGCUGUAACACAGUUAUCCAAUGAAGAAAAAAAAUGGCCUUAUGAUUUCAUCGGAUCAAAAGAUUUCAUUCCACCCAGUCAACGGGGAAUGGUGUCAGGAAAACUUCAAGUUAAAGAUGGGUACAUCAGGGGAGGGACGGCUCAACCAGCUAAAAGUUCUUACGUUGGUCUAGCUUUACCUGGAGAUGCAGGAUCAUGGCAAAUAGAAAGCAAGGGUUAUCAAUUCUGGACUCAAACUGACGAAGAUGGAAGCUUCUCAAUUACAAAUAUUGUACCUGGGAUUUACACCUUGUAUGCAUGGGUCCCUGGUUUCAUUGGAAAUUAUAAAUAUGAAGUCAAUGUUGAUAUCAAACCAGGAGGCAACAUCAACUUGGGUUCACUUGUAUACAAUCCUCCAAGAAAUGGUCCUACUUUGUGGGAAAUUGGGAUCCCAGAUAGGUCAGCUGCAGAGUUCCAUGUACCAGACGUUUACCCAGAGCUUGAAAACAAAUUGUACCUAAAUGAUAAAAAAGACGGGUUUAGGCAAUACGGCUUGUGGAAACGUUACACUGAUUUAUAUCCAACAAAAGAUCUCAUUUUCACAGUCGGUGUUUCUGACUAUCAUAAGGAUUGGUUUUAUGCUCAAGUUACCAGGAGCACAAACACGAGUAAAUUCAUACCAACCACUUGGCAGAUUCAAUUCCAGCUUGAGAAUAUCAUAAUGGGAGCAAACUACACACUGCAAUUGGCCUUGGCAUCUGCCACUAAUUCUAAAUUGGAGGUUAGGUUCAACAACCCGAAUUCAAACCCUCCAGACUUCUCAACAGAAAAGCUAAUUGGCAACGAUAAUGCCAUAGCAAGGCACGGCAUCCAUGGAUUGUAUGAGUUGUAUAGUGUAGGUGUAGACAGUAAUCAAUUGGUAAAAGGAAAAAACACCAUCUAUUUGACACAGUCAAAUGCCAAAACUCUAUUUGAAGGAAUUAUGUAUGAUUAUAUUCGUUUGGAAAGUCCUACAACUAACGAAUAAAUUUUGUUGUGCCUUGAACUUGUAGUUGAGCAAUCAUUAGGAUUCUCUCUUCUUGUAA